UUUAUAAAUGUUUCGCAGGAUCGGAAAAAGUUGCAAGAGGGGUUGAAAAUAUUUACGUGGACUAAAACAAUAACCAGGUUGAUAGGUCUGUGGCCGCUAAUUCCAAAUUACUAUAUAUUUGACGUGUGUAUAAUUUAUUUAACUGUUAUGAUGGUCUUACAAUCUACAUACCUUUACAAGUCUCUUAAAGAUGUUGAAAAAUUAAUUGAUAUUAUGACGGAAAAUAUCGCGUUUUUUUAUAUUUACAUGUCGGCAGUGAUGCUGAGAGUGAAUAAUAAGCAGCUUGGCCGGGUAAUAGUUCAAGCAGUCACAGAUUACAACAUAAGUGCUUUCAGAGAUUCUGAUGAAGUUGAUGUAUUUAUACAGUUUAUCAAUAGAGCUCGAAUUAUGAUGAAAGGAUUAAUUAUUUACUAUACAGCGGGUGAAAUCCUUUGGUACUUUAUACCAAUAAUGUCUUUAUGUAAGUACACUUCGGAUAAUAUGAUGGACGACAAUAAUAAAACAAUGUUUGUUCUGCCGUAUGAAAUUUGGCUGUUUUAUGAAAUAGAUUCUACAACAAGUUAUUUUUUCACUUACUUAUUUCUUCUGCCGGCACCUGUAAUUGGUGUGCUGGUCAAUAUAGCGACAGAUUGCUGCCUUAUUUUCCUGGUGUUCUACAUUAGUGGAAAAAUGGCAGUACUAACAAUGAGGAUCGAAGCGCUUAAAAGUACUCAGGAUAACUGCAGAAACGAACUCGGAAAAAUAAUUGCUGAGCAUGGAAAAUUAUUAGGAAUGGGCGAUGAGAUUAGAGACGCGUAUAGUGUUAUUUUACUGGUUUAUUUCCUAGUUUCAAAUUUUAUAUUAUGCAUUCUUGGCUAUCAAAUAUUAAUAGGUUUCAUGAAUAAUCAAUUGUUUGAAGUGGUACAAUAUAUGUUAUAUUUCAUUGAAAUGUACUUUAUGUUGGCUCUUUAUUGUAUGAUAAGUGAGCACCUUACUUCUGAGAGCCUGAAAUGCGGGGAAGCAUUUUACCAAUGUCCUUGGUACAAUUUCCCUCUAGAUUGCAGCAAAAAUAUUAUCCUCAGUAUUGCAAGGUCUCAAAAACCUUUGGGACUACAAGCUGGUAAAUUUACGACUUUCAGCAGCGUUACAUUAACGGAUGUGUCAAAAACAGCUGCCGGGUAUUUAUCAGUUCUUCGGAACUUUUUGAUUGUUGAUGAGUAAAUCAGUU